AUGACCUAUCGAGAUGGGGACCUUGUGAAUGUUCCUGUGAGUCUUUUGGUCGAGGGAGAUAUAAUUAACCUACGACCGGGUCAAUCAAUCGGUUGUGACUGCGUUCUAGUGACUGAUGCGCCUGCUCUUGUUCAACCAGAUUCACGUAUGGAACAGCUGCUACUGCAUCUCGGUCGAAUCAGUAGGAUGUGCUUUGUGGACAAAAAGGGAAUAAUAAGUCUUCCAAUCCCUACACCGGAGAAACUCUUCUUCUUUCGUGAACGUCAGAACCGACAUCGUAAGGCAAUGCGCACGCGUUCUCUUGGCCCCAACCCCAUUCCUCCAUCAAACGAAUUUCUUGCGCCUCCGCCUCCCCCUUCCAGCCCUAUCGGUAAAUCUAGAAGUCAGAUUGAAGCACGAAAUAUCACUUCCUAUCGUGCAGCAGAGGGCGGCUUUGGGCGAUCCCAGGGUCGGCGCACCUCCAUUCAGAGCAACACAUGUGUUUCAGAAAUUCUUAACAUAAACUCUUCGCCUGAUUGUCUUUAUAAGCCUCGUUUUGAAUCUCCAAAAUGGGGCAGAUAUUUGGAAUGUCUGAAACCGAUUGGCCUCAACCUCUUACUAAAUAACUGCCAACCCCUCACUCGCGAGCACUAUGCGGCUUUUGGGGGUCAUCUCACACGAAUGACAGCCGCUAAUCGGCAGUGCUUUACAAAAGACGAAUUUCAAAGUGAAGGUGAAGCGGUUGCAGUGGUGAAUAAUAGGUGUCUUUGUGGUCUCGCCUACCACAUGGGCUUCCGAUUUUCCGCGUUGCAGCAUUACUCCUUUGUGACCAGUCUAGGAAUCUAUAAGGCGAUAGAGAAGAGUGGUAACUGUUUUAUUCGACCGAAAUCGGCUGUAUUUAAUAACAGACAAAAAGAAAACCUUCUCUAUUUUCGCAGUCAGGCUCUUCGAAUACAGGAGGCUUACGCUUCAGUACCCAAGGAUAACUCAAAUGAGCCCGUACCUGUGCCGAAUUGCUUCUGUACAAUCUACCGCGAGGCAAUGAGUUGUGGAUAUCACGUGAUGACUCAGGGUUCUGGUGACUUGGUCACAGCUCUGUGCACCAAUUUUUGGAACGGUCGUGAACUUCUACCUCUUACAGACUCAGAGCGCAGCAAAAUGCUCGAUUUCUAUAACCUGAAUGUUUCUACAAGCUACUGUCUGGCCUUCGCCUACAUGCCUCUCUUGCAGUCAACUCCUCUCGUGCAAGACAAUCGACCGAAUGGGGAUUAUGUCGAUCAAGCGCCCCUCCCUGUCCUUAAAUUGCCUGUGAACUUUGAGUUGAGAAGCCGACUGACCGCCCGACCCUCCUCAACAUCCAUGGCGCGCCCUGGUGAAGCACCGUUUGACUCGCUGGAAUCCGUUCAGCAGCAUCCAAAACGGCGGCCUACAAGGAACGCGGCUUUUCCUAACGUCUCAGUUGUUAGCGGUUCGGGAAUGGGACCCCGGAAGGUCAGUAAUAUCGAUAAGAAGCAGAAAUCAAGAUCUAGACUUCCCCGAGUCGCUUUCAGCUGCGGUUCCUUACCCCGCCUCUCCCAUCAAACCAACAGUUCAACAAAUGCAACCUCCGACUUUCCCGUUGACUCAGCCGCCUUGCAAGAUGCGUUUAGCAAGCAAAUCUUCCUCGGGAUGGUAAGUCUCCAGUAUCAGGCGAUGCCUGGCAUUGUGGAGACCAUUCGCAAAUUGAACCAGGCCUGCAUUCGCUUCGUACACUUUUCUCAGGACAACCAGCUGCGCAGUCGGGUGUUCGCGGAGCGUCUGGGUCUGGAGGCGGAUUGGAACUGUCACAUCUCGCUUGCAGAUCCGCCAUCGGAGGUCAGUCGGACGCCUUCACAGGACACCCGCGAUGGCCAUCUUGCCGCUGCUUCAUCUCGAACCUCUACUGGUGCUGGUCUAUUGCGACAACAAAAUGGCUCCCUCGGUUACGGAGGAUUCGCGGUUCUUAAGCAGCCUUAUUCUCUCAGUUCACCAAAUGUGACUCGUUCAUGCGUUUCGUCUAGGGUAAGUAUCCGCAUUCGGACAAGCUUCUCUUCAAUGGAUAGAUCAGUGGUGGCGGAGGCGGCAUCCAGUUCCUCCGCACCCUUGAUCGAGGGUGAAAGUGGCCAAACGACCAAUGGCGACGUCUGGUUUGGUUUUGAUCUGGACACCGAGGUCCAAGAAGGCCGACCUCAAUGGGCGGCUCCAUACGCCAGUGCCGAAGUUUCCAGUACUUCAAUAAACAUCCUUCCUGAAGGCACGAGGAAGUCGCUUUCUUCCGAGGACUCCUUCCUAUCAAGUUCUUCCCCCUCCUCAUCCUCCUCAUCAUCUGAGGUUAAAUCAGUCGAUGGUGAUGUCCAAGAGGAACUGAAAGGCAAUCCACAGCUUGAGGAGGAUGCUUACAACUAUGUUUUUGCUAAUAAAUCAAGAUUGCCUUCGGGCAUCAGGAAUAUUCGGUCGCAUUUGCAGAAUGUUGACAAUGUACCUCUCAAAGUUUCCCUCUUCACCGACUGCACAGCAUCAGCUGUGGACGAGAUGAUGGAAAUAAUGCAGGAGUAUGGUGAGACAAUAUGUGUGGUAGGCAGUUGUCUGUCGAUGUCAAAUGCGGAGCUCUUCUGUCGAGGCGACACUGCGAUUGCCCUCUUCCCCCUCUUGCCACGUGUCUGUGGCCAUGAGCCUACCUCUCCGGCUACGGACGACACGAUAAACUGCUCCGACUUACCCCUCUUGAGUAUCGCAGGACGCCUUGUCGCUCUUGGUGCUGCUCUUACCUCUCGCGCCUCUCUUGCUGACUUCGAUAUUCUUCAGCUCAUCUCGCAGGCUCAUGCCUCAGUCAACAACAUCCACCUAUGUAUAAUCUUCGCCAUUGCCUCCUCCUUCGCCGUGGCACUUUUCUACUUUCUCUCACUCGCCUUUCUGCCAGUCUUUCCAGUGCAGUUUUGCACCACUGACACCACCCAACAGUCAGACGCCUUGAUGUGGCUUCCGCCCGUUCUAUUGGGUGCUACUGGACCAAUGGAAUCGUCCGGCGGUGCUGUUGUGGGCUACAUUGCCAUUGGUGGACAGGUGCUGUGGCUUAUUGUGGUCGUAAUUCCAUGCCUUGCCACUAGCAUUUUCGGCAGAACUGUGGAAAGAAAUCAGCCUCUUCAGCAACCACCUGUGAAACGAAACGAAAUAUUUAGUCGUGAGCGAAUACUUCGGCUUUUGUGGUUGACUACAGCGCGCUUCUUUCCAUCCGUGGUGGUUUGCUGGACCGUAAGCCUUAUUCAAACCUUCAUCACCUGCCCCACACCCAUCGACCAUCGUCUCAUCUGUCUGCCAUAUGACCUUCCCAACUCAGCCUACGCAAACACGUCUUUUGUCAAGCUUCCUGAAUAUGCAGCAGUUCUGCUGAGUGUGAAUGUUUCGGAAGAAAUAUCCUUCUUCCUCCUCGUCAUUUAUCUGGUGCUCAUAUCCUUCAGCUAUGCAAACUCCGGUCAAUGGAUCUACCGCUGGCGGCUUGGUACAAAUCUGCCCUGGUUCAUUUUGGCCGUACUUAUAUUGCUUGUUCACUCAAUUUACCUUGCCAUCGUUCUUCUCCGGAAUGGCGAAAUUCUAACCAACGAGCAUAAUUUCCCUCUACUGGUCACACUGGCUUGUGGUCUCCUCUGGUGCCCGAUCCUACUCCUCGUAAACGAAAUCAUCAAUUGGAAGGAACGCGCGAUCACAAAUGCAGAGGACCGAUUCGCCAAGCUAUUUUUCGAUACCAAACUAGGAAUGUACUCCCCCGUCUAG